UGCUUCUUCCCGUCUCCCAUUCCUCACUUUCUAGGUUUCUUGUGAACUCAGUUUGAACCAAAAAAGCAUUCAACAUGGAAGGGGAAGCGAGUGGGAACAGCGCACUGGAUUCGAAAAUCGAAGCUCUACUUAAUGUAGAGAAACAGAUGCGGCAAAACGGUGAUGUUGCCGGAACGCGGGAUGCCGUCACGGAGAUUCUCCAGCUUUGUUUUGAAGCUCGCGCUUGGAGGACCUUAAACGAUCAGAUUGUUCUUCUUUCCAAGCGCCGCGGUCAAUUGAAGCAGGCUGUUCAGGCUAUGGUUCAGCAGGCAAUGCAAUAUAUUGAUCAAACGCCAGACCUGGAGACUAAGAUAGAGCUUAUUAAGACCCUUAACAAUGUAUCUGCUGGAAAGAUAUAUGUUGAGAUAGAACGAGCUCGCUUGAUCAAAAAACUUGCAAAGAUCAAAGAAGAGCAAGGGUUGAUUGCUGAGGCAGCUGAUUUGAUGCAAGAGAUUGCGGUUGAAACAUUUGGGGCGAUGGCAAAAACUGAGAAGAUAGCAUUCAUUCUUGAGCAAGUUCGUCUGUGUCUAGACCGCCAGGAUUAUGUUCGUGCACAAAUACUCUCACGAAAGAUUAGUCCAAGAGUUUUUGAGGCUGAUACCUCAAAAGAAAAGAAAAAACCCAAAGAAGGUGAAGCUGUUAUUGAAGAGCCUCCGGCUGAUAUUCCAACAAUCUUAGAGUUGAAGCGUAUCUAUUAUGAGCUGAUGAUACGGUACUAUUCUCACAGCAAUGAUUAUCUUGAAAUAUGUCGCUGUUACAAGGCAAUAUAUGAUAUCCCUUCUAUUAAAGAAGACCCUGCCCUCUGGAUUCCGGUGCUUAGGAAAAUAUGCUGGUAUUUGGUUCUUUCACCACAUGAUUCGAUGCAGUCAAGUCUUCUUAACUCAACGUUAGAGGACAAGAACCUCUCAGAGAUACCUCAUUUUAGGCUGCUGUUGAAGCAAUUAAUUACAAUGGAGGUCAUCCAGUGGACAAGUCUCUGGAAUACAUUUAAAAAUGAGUUUGACAACGAAAAGAACAUGCUCGGUGGACCAUUGUCUGAUAAAGCUGCUGAAGAUCUUAGAUUGAGAGUAAUUGAACAUAACAUCCUUGUUAUCUCAAAGUACUACGCACGAGUAACCCUGAAGAGACUUGCAGAUCUACUCUGUCUUAGUAUUCAGGAGGCUGAGAAACAUUUGUCAGAUAUGGUUGUCUCCACCGCACUGGUUGCAAAAAUUGACCGGCCAUCAGGUGUGGUCUGUUUCCAAACUGUGAAGGACAGCAAUGACAUUUUAAAUUCAUGGUCCAUGAAUUUAGAAAAGCUUCUUGACCUCUUGGAAAAGAGUUGCCACCAGAUUCACAAGGAGACCAUGGUUCACAAGGCUGUCUUGAAAGCUUAAAUACAUUCUGAUGUCAUUUCUUCCUCGUAAGUUUUCAUUGCACAAGUUUUGGUUAAGAUUGUGAUACUCGUGACCUUAUUUUAUAUCUCCACUUUCAUGUUAUAUCUCACUGAUGGCAUUCCCUUAAAAUUAGUUUGGGCUACAUUGUGAUUGUGGUCGUGAUUCAUUUGCAACCACACUGAUUAUGUUUGAUCGGACCAGCAAAUGGGGUUGGGGAUGCUUUUGCAAGUGGGCUGCCAGAGAUACUUCUGUUAUAUGUAUUUCAGUUAUUCAUGAUGUCUGUGUUGCCUAAAACAAGCUUUAUAUGCUUCGGCUCUUAGAAUAUACUCAUCUCCUGCACUUGCAGUCUUGACUCACUAAGUUUUUGCGGUUUCAUUCAAUUAUGAUUAGUCUUGCAGACUACUUCGUGUUUCAACAUUCUCUUCGACUCCUGUUUAUGAAAAUUGAAAACAAAUAUUCAGAUAUGCAGUAGAAAAUGAUCUUUUAACGAUGGGAUGGAUUCGCUGGGCAUAUAUGUCUUGCUGCUUCAUGAUACUAAUUUUCGUCUACUACGUUCAGCAUCUUUGCGGUACCUGUUUGGUCAAUGUUAUAGAAUCAUGUAAAAUUUUACAGCAUCAUUGGGCACAACUGGGUUUGGAACUUUGGAACUUGAAUUUGGAUCCU